CGGUCGGCAAAAUAUCACGAGGCAGGCCUCAAACGGUGUUUCAAGGCUGUCCUGGCAUAGGUACUUAUUGUAUCAAGUCUCGUUAACGGAGAUGUUCAUUCACUCGUACUCCCAGAUGGCCAGUAUAGUUCGUGCAACUCGCGACUAUCCGAUUGACCCCGCAUCACCGUGCAAAGAGGUGUCAGUGAAAAAUUGGCGUGCUUCACCAUAAAAUGUGUUUAAGUCUGUAUCAUUUAAGUCUGUGUCGCGUAAUGAAAACUUCAGCUGUACAUCGAUACAUGUGAUAAGUAUGGCAGCGCUCGUUCGUCUUAAACGUGGAAGCGUUCAGUUGAGACAUGCGGCGCUGGAAAUGAAAGCGGCUGUACGAGCGCGACAUAUCGUUGCUGCGCUCGUUGCAGUAGGAUUUGCACUUUGUGGUUCAGUGGAAGUGAGUUCUUCGGUCGCAUUGCUCGCCAAUCAGAAAGACAAUCAUGCCAUCAUCGACACAUCGUGGCAUUGCGAGAUGCUGGUCAACAUCAGUAGUCGUAAUCGUACCGAAGACUUUGAAGUUAUACUCAUGGAGUUGCCACCGGAGGAACGUGCAGAAUCCAUAAUGAGGGAAGCGUUCCUAUGGGGUCAAGUGGCUGGUCCAAUUUUAGGGGGGUGUUUAGUAUGGGGGAGAUCAGGCCCAUCUAUGGUGUUUUCGCGUGCAGUUCUUAGUGCUUGUCUGGCAUCUUUAUUGGUACCAGCUGCAUGGAGGGGUCCGUCUCACGUAGCACUUCGUCUCUUUCAGGGAUUAUGCACAGGGGCAACUAUGCCUGCUGCUCACAUGCUUGCUAUGACCUGGUUUAAGAGCACUCACAGAAGUUGGUACUUCAGUUGCUAUGCUGCGGUCAGCGUUGGAUACUGUCUCACAGGAUGGUUAGGUACAGCUAUUGUUCGAUGUCUUGGCCGAGAUUCACUUUGUUAUGGUCUCGUUUGCAUUGCUCUGUGUUGGUACUUCGCUUUUGGUCGAUUUGUCAAAGAUUCGCCGAAAUCUUAUCAGCACGAUACAAAUGCUGCUGUGAUUCCAUGGGGAAAAUUACUACGAUCGGUUCCUGUUUGGGCAUCUGCUGUAGCAACGAUGGGAAAUCAAUGGGGCGAUGCAACGCUUGCCCUUGGUAUGACGAAGUACCUAAAACUUAUUUAUGGAUUCUCAACAGCUAAUGAUUCUGUUCUAACAACGUUACCACACAUUGGUCAUUUCAUGGCUGCGUUAACAUGCGGUCUUCUUGUAGAUCACGUUCGCGAAUCAAAAAUAGUUUCGACAACCACAGCUAGAAAGUUGGUCGUAUAUACCGCUCAUUUUAUUCCCGCUGCCCUACUUUUUGUCGCUGGUUACGCCGGUUGUCAAGCAUUAGGGGCAGCUUGGUUAGGUAUAGCCGCUCUUCUUGUCUCUGGAACUGCACCAGCAGGUGCUUUAGCAGCUAUAGCAGACCUUGCACCUGUAGAAUCUCCAGCUUGCGCAGCGGCCGCGUGUGCAUUGUGCUCGACUCUAGGCGCAGCAGGACUGUUGGCUGCCAAUUACUUUGUCACUCAGGCCCUUCAUGGCUCCAUCGCUGGUUCGUGGCGGUUGGUCUUCGGUGUCGCUUCCGUCGUUCUGUUAACAACUGCUGCGGUUUUCUUAGCACUUGGAAAAGGCGUGCCACAACCGUGGAUUCCUUCCGUAGCUCGGCCGCGAAGUCACGAUGCAAUUUACGAGCAAGACGCCUUGGAACUUGAUUACGAGGAUGUUGCUGUGCAGACAGAGCCUUUCAGUCCUUAUCCACUUGAGGAGGACACCGAAAGCGCGAAAAAUGUGCCUCGUUCCGCCUCAGUCCACUCGAAAGUUUCCCUGUCAUCUAGUUAAUUUGUUAACCAGAUCAUUUCUUAACCCUUGAACAGCGAAUUUUUCAAGAGUACGGCUGGUCUCUUGGGCUGGUCACAUUUUAUAUAGAGAUUAGAUAUUAUUAUUUCUCUGAAUUACUUUUUUUUAUUGAUACCGAGGUCUGUGACAUAAUUUAUUCGUCUGAAAGUAUAUGGUAUUUUUUAUUAUAACUCGUUACAACGGAUACAUAAAGCAGUAUUUAUAGUACGAUUUUUACAAAUGUAUUUGCGACAUUUUGUAUAUUUUGUACUGUAUUUUGUAUCGUUGCUAGAUUGAUACGUACAGCGAGUAAAAAUGACCCAGUAUUUGCCAGGCGAAGAUUAACCUUUAUAAUUAUAGAACCAAAAGAUAACAAAGAUAAAUUACAAUUUCAGCUUGAACAGUUUCAGUCCUUGCAAGUGUGAUCAUGGUUUAACUGAUUUUUAAAAGAAAUGAUACAGUGGAUUAGGAGACCUAUAAGUAGAAUAGUUAUGCCGAUUACAAUGAUGUUCUAUAAUUUGAAUUUAUAAUUAAUUAGGAAAAUUAUAAUUAAGAAAUUAUGCGCGUUGGCAUGCCAUGUUCACGGUCAUGUAAGGAGAAUUUGAUAUUUAUUUAGUAUUUUUAAGCGUUUUACGUUCGUACCUAAGGAGCUUUCUUGUUUAAAGCUUGUAAACUUGUACAGAAUGUUAAAAAACUAUUAGUAAUUUUAGGAUAAAUGUUACUAAGAAUUGUAUAUAGCAUGUAAACAAGUUGUAUAUUUUUUAAGUUACUUGGAAUUAUGGAUUAAUGUUAUUAAGAUUUGUAACGUUUGAUUAAAUAGGAAUAUAAUUUACCGUUAAAGACA